AUGUCCGACGAGGAGGAGCAACUUUCUGGAGAGGAGGAGGAGCUUGAAGACGAACAGGAAGCACCAGAGGAAGAUGCUGAAGAGGAGAGCAAAGCAGAGGAACCAGAAGAGACUACUGGACAGGAUGACGCUGAACCUGAGCCAGAAAAGCCAAAAUCUCGUGCUCCACCGGCACAGGCAGAAAAACCACCUGCUGAGAUGACUGAGGCUGAAGCUGCAAUGAUGGUAUACAUCAUUUUCGCUACUGUCUUUAUCACAAAAAUGAUAGAAACUAUUCAGGCAGCCAAGAAACGUCAUGAAGAAGAAGAGGCAGCUAAGCUUCUCAACUACGAGCAGAGAAGACAGCUCGAGAAAGAGCAGAUUGAAGCUGAACUCCGUGAGUUGAAAGAGAAGCAGGAGAGGAGACGCGCCGAGAGAGAAGCCGAGGAGGCCGAGUUCAACGAGAGAAGAAGACAGGAUGAGGAGCGUCGUCGUAAGGAGGAGGAAGAGCGCAAGAUGAAGGCCGAUGCAGAGAAGGCUCGCAAAAACGAGGAAAAAUCUCGUCGUCAGCAAAUGAUGGCUGGUUCCUUCGCUGGCGGACACUCCGCUGGGGCAGGAGAGGGACGCAACUUCAAAGUCAACUCGAAGGGAGACCAAGCUGACAAGUUCGGAAACUUGGCUCAAGGCAGCAAACCAGUCAGUCAAUCAAAGGAACAGAAGGAAGAGGCGAAGGCUGCCUUUUUGGCUGCUGUUUGCCGUGAAGUCGAUGUUUCCGGCUUGCUUCCAAAUGAUCUGAAAGAAAGAAUAAAGACACUGCAUGCGCGCAUCACCAAACUCGAGACUGACAAGUACGAUCUCGAGAAACGCCUCGAGCGCCAGGAGUACGACAUGAAAGAACUUCAUGAGCGACAGCGUCAAGUUGCAAGAAACAACGCGCUCAAGAAGGGACUUGAACCUGAGGAAGUAGCCUCGACGUUCCUACCUCCAAAAGUAACCACCGCCUCUAAGUUCGACAGACAGAUCGACAGAAGGUCAUAUGGAGACCGCCGCGGACUAUUCGAGGCCCCGCCUGUCAAGAAGCUCCCAACCAUUGCCCAUGGAACUGCCCGUCCUCCUCCCGAAUGGGGAAGAAAGACAAAUGAAGAAUUGGAGCAGCUUAGGAAGAGUCUCGAGCCGCCAAAGUACGUUGAGCAAGUGAAGGUUGAGGGUGCUCGUCCACCGAUCGCGCCAGUUCCACUGCAGAUACCCGACAAGGACUUUGAAGAAGUGCCAAUCGAUGGAGUUGCCCCUGCCAGAGCUGAGGAACAACCGGAGCCUGAGGCCGAGCCUGAACCAGUACCAGAACCAGAACCAGUCAAGAAGCCAGCUCCACCAGCCAAAGCAGCCAGGGGAGUCAAAGCGUAA